CAGCUUGAGCUCAACUUCUCGCAACGGCGAUAUUGACAUUAACAGACCAGAUUCUUAGGAUUUUGGACGCUUUGUGACUGCGGACCAUGGUCCUCGCAUGCGUCGCUAAAGCUUGGACAGCCAUCUCCGCAUGCAUUGGGCAGGCAAACAAGUACUAGGUCGACCACGUCCUCGAUGCAUGGGUGGACUACCUCCACGACGUCUCCCCGUGCGACCUCGACGCUCACCUCUGUUCCAUGCCCCGCAGCCCUGCCUGUACCCGAACAUGCUUGCGCUAUUGGUAUGAACCGUUCGCACUUCUCCCCGACGGCCGCAUAUGGCGUUCUCUAGAGCCUCAAACACCAUGAAGGUUAGGGUGAGCAUUCUAGGUUCGCAGCUCGCAUCAACGUUUGGCACGGAGUCGGUACUCAAGAGACGCCCCCCUCGCUCAAGCUCGCCCUAUGUUGCACACGAAGGUCCCCCUCGCUCAAGAGCCUAUCCUGCACGAUUCCCCAGCUCUCCCCGAGCCUUUCUUUGGCGCACGUCGCGGUUGCGGUGACAGGCGUGCACCGGGGAGACGACAGCUGCAAGUUUGUUCGAGGAGCAGGAGAUUGGGGGCAGAGGCAGACUCUUUGCUGAUUUAGCCUCUGUGCGAAACUGGCGGAGGAGAUGCAGCUCAUGCGUUUCAGAUAUAUGUUGCGUUUGAAAUGCUCCGCUCGAGUCCAAGGGCACCACAGGAUAAGAAGGUUACACGACGCCUGCUACCGCGGCUCAAGUCGCUCGGUGCGCACCACUAUAUGCUCAUGCGUCCUUCGUCACUGCGCAAGCUACCCUCCUCUCGUUCUGCAUCAUCUCGACCUAUCCGACGCCCUCCGUAUUGUCUUCUGCUCCACUCGGCGGUAUCCACACCAUCGUCAUGCGGCGCGAAACCUUUGAACCCUGCCAUUAUCAGACCCUCCCCACCACCCGCAACUCCGUGCUCUUUGCAAUCAUUGUCGAAUAUCUACUCAAACUCGCCGCUCUUGUCUCAGGCCGUGCACUCGACAAUGGACCUCGCGAUCGCCAAGCGAAGUCUCCUCGCGGCUGCGCGAUAUGGACUGGGGACGCCAUCGAGACGGCGGACCUACACGACGUGGUAAGAGGGAAACUGCCGGAGGGGAUCGAGGCGCGAGGAUGGCAGCGUUGCGUCGGCGCAGAAAGGCCUCCCUGUCUUCGCUUACGCGCGUGAUGUCGUAUUCACAUUCAUAUGCAGUACACUUAUGCCAGUUCCUGGAGAGACGGAGGGCAUGUCGCAAUCAUCUGUGAUUCCGAACGAGUCAAGAGAUCCUGAAUGCAGACGUAACGAUAGUUUCUUCGAAAAAAGACAUACUGGAGGGCGGACGGAAGCCUAAAAAAUUCAAGAGCAUAGCCGGG